CAUUUACACCAGAGUAUAGAAACAGACUUUUGGUGGGGAAUGUUGAAGAGAUGGUCAGUUGGUUCCUCUGUAUCUCCCGCUCUUUUUAAAGUGUCUUCUGAAGAGCUUUUUCCACAUCUUAUCAGCUCUUCGGUUAUUCCAGGAGCUCCGUUACCAGGAGGGAGACCAUGUAUGGAGACAGGAAAAGCACCAUUCAGACCCACAAUGCACAGGGGCAAGGGUUAAAUCAGACCCACAAAGUUCUCCAGCUUCAACAGUCCAACUUCUGGUUCAUCCAACACAAUGUCUUCUCUGACCAGCUGUUCUUCCUCUCGCUCGUCCUCUUCUUCAUUCCAUUCAUCAGCAAGGUACAGCUGCAGAGGUAUCACAUCCAUCCAAACAGAAGCUUCCUCUCCUCCUCCGGAGCCCCUCUUCAUGCCUUUCCUGGAUCAAAGAGGGACGGUGCUUUUUGGGGGUCACAGAGGUGACUCAGAGUCAUUCAUUAGUGAGAGAGAAACGUUCGGAAGUUGCCAGGGAGACAAGAAAUCCCACACAGGGGGUUACCAAGGUGACUGGAGCCAUGGAGACACACAUGGAGCGAUCUGGGUGGAUGAUCAUUAUUACACGUCAGCUGACGUUAGUCGAUUUGAGCCACAUGAUAUAGUGGUGAUGGCUUUCAACAGCAGCAUCGUUAUUCACGCUGAGAAGGUUGGAGAUGAUGGCUGUGUCAUGGACAGAUUUACCCAUAAGUCUUUGCUGCCAGAGGACAUGGACCCUCUGUCUGUUAGCGGGACUCUGACGCCAGAGGGUGUGCUCGUGAUCAGUGUGAAAAGCUUGUCCAGAUCCUCAUCAUAUCCCUGACCCUGGCUUUCUGACUCACCUCUAACUUAUAACCUCUGACAAUGAAAAAAAGACAAAAAAUGAAACACGACGCUAAGAAAGUUUUAAAUUAACCCGAUGUACUACUGUGUUAGCACAGCUAGCAUUAGCACUGUGAUGUAUCUAAAUUAAUUAUAUAUGUUAUUAAUGACAUGAAGGCGUUUAACACAGGAUAGCAUUUAGGAUAGCAUAUGCUAGUUUUCAGUUGCCUUUAACAUUUAGCAUGCUCAGUUAGCAGUUUUAAAAAAUAGCCUUCCACAUUUUUUUGUUUGUUUAAUCAACUUAGCUGCAUGUAUUGUACAUUUAGUGCUGUUAGAUGAUUGCUAAUUCCUGACUCUGGUUUUAAAAGUUAAUGUAACCACAAAUCUGCAUUUAUUAUUUACAGUUUAAGGGAACGAAAACAUGCUAACAAUGCUAAUUAUGGGUUUAAGUUAGCAUAUAGUACUUAGCUUAGUUAGCACACUCAACAUGAUGCAAAUAAAGUGAUAGCAACUUUGUAACUACAGACACUGCGGGUUCAGUUUUACCCAAAACAUGCUAACAAUGCUAAUGAUGGAUUUUAGCUAGCAGAGAGCAAGUUAGUGGAGUUAGUGUAAGCAGUGUGUUACAAAUGAAGUGUUUAACUACAGAUAGUAACCACUGUUUAUCAUUUCAUUUUGGUUACUAGCGCACAACAUGCAAUUUAGUGUUUUGUACUUUU